CAUAGAAUAAUUCCGUAUGGGAAUCGACGCGGAACUCAUGCUCAGUAGCUGGUCCGAAUGCAAGCACUUAGCGCCCGAACCAAACACGAAACCUUACUUGACAGAGUCGUACUUGCUGACACUCGACCAAAAGAGCAGUCAACCUAAGAGGUAAACAAACUUCACGGCUCGAUUAAUGGGUGCUACGAAGACUCGAGUGCAUGGAGCAGAUAAUAGACUAGUUUAUGGAGAAUUUUAUAAACAUUUGUUUUAUGAAUUGUUGAAAAAUAUACGUAUUUAUAAAUAGUGAGGUAUGUCUCGUACCCACCUAUCUAAUGCUAAUCUUAGUCUAAAGCAAUCCUGUUCUUGAGAGUUGUAAAUACUGAUAGAUACCCACAUCACAGAAUGUAUGUCAUGUAUAGGUUGGUAUAUUAUUGUACUUAAAUAAAUAGGAACAUUUACAUCAGCAGCGCCUGAGUCGUAGUUUUUCUAAGACCACUAAUUUCUAAGUUAUUAUACAGGAUAAUGAUAAUCGUAGCAUACAUGUUUAGUACCCCUGACAUAACAGUAGUGAAGCCAUCAGACGACGCGCGACACGUCACACGACGCUUCACAUUGAAACAAACAUGUGAGCAGACGCGACGAUGACGCGCCUCCUAGCACUGCUGCUCAUUGCACACGGCGCCGCCGAGUGGGUGGAGAUCUCACAGCAACACUACAGGAAGCCCAUCAGAACACAUACUCACUUCACGUCCGACAAAGUGAUAGAUGUCGAAGAUACUAUUACUCCUUGGAACUACAACAACCACAGUGUAGUUGAGUACAGCUGGAACAGCAGUCCUUCUUCACUUAACAUCGGCAACGUGAAGCGCAUGCAAUAUGUGGAGACUACUACAAAAGUAAAUAAAAGACUCAAACUGGAUGAUAAUGAUGAUGAUGAUAAUGAUGACCUGGAAUUAAAUAUCGAUUUUAGAAACUACGAACUUGGAUCCACUAAACCAACUACAGAAUUAAGUAAACCUGAUAAGCAAAAAGGUACAAUUGAAAGAGUUUCCAACCUCGGUAACAUUAAACGGGUCCAGUUAAAAAGCAGCCCUGUAAAAUCACCUGCUAUCUACAAUACAGUAGGUGAAGAAAAUUAUUUUAACAACCGCCAUGAAAAUGGAGCGUACAGUGACAGCGUUCACUCAGCAGCAGACGAGCUUGAUGGCGUCAAAAACCCAGAAACUUUGCAUAGAAAAGUUUACAUAAGCAACUUGAAAAAAUAUAGCCCUGACCGAAUUGCUACAUUUCCACCAGACGAAGAUGAAAUAAUUACAUUGAAUAUGGAAGCUACACCUACAAGUAACACGGACAGAUCUAAAUCUCAUUUCAAAAAUCACACUAUUGUGAGGAAUUUUUAUUCUACAAAGCCAACUUUUAUAACUGAAACGGAAGAUUUCACCAAUAUCGAAACUGAACAGGAUAGAUUUUACAGGAUUAUCAACAAACAAUCCACCGAAGUUAACAAGAAAGAUAACGGUGCAACAGAAAUUAUAAACACGAAUGAAGACAGGCGACCCAAACCUAAUACAAAAUCUACAACAGGGAAACUUAAUAAGUCAAAUGAAAAGUUCUAUAAUUUUAAAGCUGAAUCAGACGUCAAUAAUGGCUUUGAGAAGAAUGAAAACGUUUCAUAUGUGAUUAGUAGCGAUGUUAAAACAAACACAAAGGACCCAGAUUCACCACCUCUCCAAACAGACCAUAAAAAAAAAGAAAUAAAAGACAAAAAAGAUGGAACACCAACCACCACAGCAAAAAACGAAAAUAAAGUGAAUGCAAUUGAAAAAUUAGUAAAUUUCAUGAGAGUGGUCGCUGACACUAUAUCCAAGAACUCGCGAAGAAAUUUCAACGGAAAGAUUCAGUAUUUACAUGGACUGAAGGAUACAAUCUUAAGUAAUAUCGAGGACCGUAUAGAUGCGACAUGGCCAGACGAUGACAGUGCGGGCGCGCGACGUCGGUCACGGUCUGCGCAUGCGACAGCCCGAGGUCAUGUCCACUUCCCUUCCUCAGAAAGUGCCCUCAUGACCAUUUCUUUUUUAACUUUCGCCGUUUUUCUCAUCAAAUUAGUACUGCAAGUUAUCCACACGUACAAGAAUAAGGCGAUGAUGGUAGCCCCGCUACUAGUGGCCUCCGGGCGCAACGUAUUCUCCGACCGUGGAUGACGACGACAUUAUAAUAUUUUAACGAUUAUAAGUAACUCAAUCUAUUGUAUCUAAGAUACGUAAUGAUGAGCACAAUAAUAAUGAUGUUUUUCUUUUUACUUACUCAAUUUUAACUAAAAAAAUUUUCACAAAUAAAAAAUGAAAUCAAUUAACACAUUCUAUUUGAUUUUACUAUUCUAUUUUGUUUUGAUUUGUAAAGUUACCG